AUGCCGCUCAGCCACUGCGCGCCACGUGAUAAUGAGGCGACUAUUGGGCAAGCGCCGUUUAAGGCUACUGCUGCAGAUUUGGUUCGCUUCUCCAAGCAGUGUGACAGUCAGUGGAUGUUGGUGUCUUCCAACUUGGAUCCUAAUGCGAGUGAGGAGAUCCAGGAGUGCCUCCAAGCAAUCAGUUCCUUGAUUAAGGAGUGUGCGCCUGUCGCACUAGAGCUCUUGCAGCGGUUUGACAAAUUGGACCAGAUCAAGAAUCACAAGGCCUCCGGGCUUGGCGCUAUGAAAUCACGACUGGAUAGGAUGAUGAUGGUAUGGAAGAGGGAUGAAAUUACCUCCAGGAUAGACCAGCUCUCAGCUUGCCAAUCUCAAUUGUCACUACGGCUCCUGCAGUAUUUGACUUUGAGGUUCGACAUGGCCAACACGUCUCUGGAGCAAAGGUAUUCAAAGAUCGUCGAGGUUCUAACUAUAUCGGAGGAUAGAGUAAGGACAAUCGAAGAACAGAACCAAUCAAUCUCUCGGUCACUCGAGGCGUCUCAACUCCAAGCCGAGGACUACCACGAACAAACAAUCGCAGCUCUUCUCACCCGGGAAGACGGCGAGGUGAAGUUCAUUAGACCCAAAGAUCCCCAAAAGGCCCACAUCUACAACGGUCCACAGAAGCUAUUGACUCUUCGUACGGAGCCGGGCUCAGCACCGCCUGCGCCAACCAUCCAAGACUUCAAGCCCAUGCAGGAGAGAAUACUCAGGUAUCUCUACCACGAAGAACUUUCACAUCGGUACGAAAGCGUCAAUGAAACUCACGCCAAGACAUAUGAAUGGAUCUUCCAAAAGCCAACGACGCAAAGCCCACAAGUCCGGUGGUCACCGUUUCCGCAGUGGUUGGAGAAAGGUAGCGGUUGCUAUUGGAUUAAUGGGAAAGCUGGCUCAGGAAAGUCAACUUUAGCCAAGUUCAUCUGCGAGGAUCCGAGGACGGGAGCGGCCUUGAAGAAGUGGGCCAAAUCUGCGAAUCGCGAGCUCUGCUAUGCCUCAGCUCGACUCGAGAAACGUCACGGAGAGGUCUGGAAAGAGAUUGUAGAUCAGAUUGGAGAGAAGUCUUGCGGCGUGUUCCUCUGGGUCGUCCUAGUUGUUCGCUCGGUUCUUGUCGGGCUCCAGAACUGGGACUCACUCGAUGAAAUCCUCCAACGCCUAGACGAACUUCCGUCCGAUCUGAAGGACUUGUACGCCCAUAUGCUCAAACGAAUGCCCCUAUCUUACCGGCAGCAGGCAUCCGAGCUGUUCCAGAUUGCCGUUCAUUUCCUCGAUGUCCAACCAGAUGAGUUGAUGACUCCACUCCAGCUUCACUUUGCCACCGCAAUCAAUGAUAUUAUGGACAUACUGAAGUGGCCUAUUGAGUAUCUCUGCGAGAGCGAUCAAGAGAAAGCUGUAGAUUCUAUCGAAGGGAGACUCAGAAGUAGGUGCUGCGGGCUAUUGGAGGUCCGCCAAAUGAAAUUCCAUAUGGUCCAGGGCUUUUCUUCCUCUAUACUCCGGGAACCUCAUGUCCACUUCAUUCAUCGGACGGCAGUUGAAUUCCUACAUCUGCCCGGAAUCUGGAGUGACAUUCUAUCUCUAACGGCGGAGACCGAUUUCAACUCCUCUGUGAGUCUGUUUAGGUCUUGUCUUCUCCUAUGCAAGGCCCAGCCAUCAGAGCUUAGAAUACGGCCAGCGGAUAACUUGGUGUGGCACUAUAUGACCUGCGCAAUGGAAUAUGCCUCGUUGGCCGAGGAUGCAAGCAGUCCGGUCUCGUCAAUACUACUUGAUGAACUGGAUAGAGUUAUUCGUCAUCAUUGGGAAGCAGCAUCACGAUUUGAGUUUGGGGACUUAUCUUGCGAAACUAAAGGCCAUUGGGCCCAGGGAUUCUCAAUGACCGCAUAUUCCGAUCUCCCGCAAUCCCUCCAACUUCUUGAGGCGCGAUCAAUUUCAAUGGGACUUGCUCUUGAGGACUCUACGAGGCCAUUUGGGUUCCACACUCUGGCUGUUCUUCAUAGCCUCCACAACUUUCUUCGCGAGCGACCACCUCCCACUGACAACAGCCAUGGCGCCUCACCAUCGACAUCCACCAGACUUCUAACUGACGCUCUGAAUUACCUUUUCUACAAAAAGACGUGGACAGGGCAACGUUCUAAGGCCAUCAUCCAACGCUACGCCGACAUAUGUACCCUCCUGCUGAGCCAAGGUGCAGAUCCGAAUGCGACAUUUCCUCACGCAAGGAAAGGCCCCUGGGGCUUGAUGCUCGAGUUCGGCCUCAAAGGAUGCGAUGAUGUUGGUGCGUUUCGCGGUCCAUACCGCACGAAGGGCUCUUCCUUUGUCUACUCAAGGCUUCUCGUCUCAUUUAUCCAAGCUGGAGCUGACCCUCACCACCUCGUGAAUUCGAGUUCCACAUCCCAAUUCGGGAGGCAAGGCCUGGCUUAUUCCAUACAGCAGAUUAUCGACAUCCUAUUUGCUCAAAACAUCAAUGGUCCAAGACAUUUACAAAUGCAGGAAGAGCCGGACACCGAGAUGAAGAGUUUCCAUGGCUACUUGUCAGGAUUAAUCCAGCAGAGUAUCUCAACUUAUCAACCGACAUCCGAACAGCAAUCGACCACCAAACCAUAUCGCAGCAAAAGAGCGUCUUUCCUGAGGCGAAACACGAAGUCUACCAACGAUGUUUCGAUGAGUGGCUCCACUUCGUCCAGUAUGAAGAAGUUCGGUCAACUUUUAGCACCUUGGAAGCGUAAUUCGGACUCAUCAUCGCAACGGUCACUGUCUGAUAUCGAUGAGAACGGGUUAUAG